AUGGCGACAACACAGCACAGCGACGGCGCGCUGCCAAAGACACACUCGCUGCACAUGCAAACCCAAAAGGCACCGUCCGCGCCCAAGAGGCGGAAGAUGCAGGCGAAGAAGGUCGACGAUGAGGGGCUCAUGGCCUCGCUGUGCACGCUCAUCUGCGACCACCAGAUCGGCAUUUCCGUCAACCUCCUCACCCUCCUCUGCCUCACCCACACAUUCUUCCCCCGCGCCCGAAGCCGGACCUCCAAGUUCUUCCACAUGUCGUACUACAACCCCGACACGGACAUGUACGGCUGUGGCACCGACGAUCUGCCCUUUGUUCUGCUGUGGACCGUCAUAUUCACCGGCGUCCGCGUAGCAGUCAUGGAAUACAUGCUCGAUCCACUGGCCAGGCUGGGUGGUAUCCGCACAAAGAAGGGGCUGGACAGGUUCAAGGAGCAGGCAUGGCUCAUUGUCUACUACACUGCAUCGUGGUCUCUAGGAAUGUACAUCAUGUACCACUCGGAGUUUUGGCUGAAUCUCCACGCCAUAUGGGAAGGCUGGCCUUUCCGGGAAGCAGAUGGCUUGUUCAAGUGGUACUAUCUCGUCCAAUGGGGCUUCUGGGUUCAGCAGAUUCUCGUCGUCAACAUUGAGGAGAAGCGCAAGGACUAUGCGCAGAUGUUCACACACCACAUCUUCACUACUGCGCUCAUGUGCCUGUCCUACGGUUACUUCCACAUGCGCGUCGGCAUCGUCAUCCUGACCAUCAUGGACUUUGUCGACAUCAUCUUGCCCACCGCCAAACUCCUCAAAUACAUGGGCUACUCCAACGCCUGCGACUACGCCUUCGGUCUCUUCGUCAUCUCCUGGGUCGUCACCCGCCACAUCCUCUACAUGAUGGUCUGCUGGUCCAUCUACGCCUACGCACCCGUCGACAUGGCUCCCGGCUGUUACCUCGCCGACUCCACCUCGAAGCAGACCUCGUUCGUCCCUGCAUCCAAUGCAUCGCAAUUCGAAGCAUACGGCGGCAACAACCACUGGGGUAAUCUCCUCAAAGCAUACAGCGACCGUAACGGACCUAUUUGCUGGAACCCGCAGAUCCGCUACUACUUCCUCGCACUCCUCCUCACUCUACAAGUCUUCUGCUGCAUAUGGUUUGCGACUAUUGCAAAAAUUGUGUACAAGGUGCUCAAGGGCAAUGCGGCCGAGGAUCUGCGCUCCGACGACGAGGGUGAGGAUGAAGAAGUUGAGGUCGAUCAGACGAAGACCAUUUUCAACAUGGCGACUACGUGUGGUGAGAGUGGCAUGAGCUCAAGCGGUAUGACUGUACAGCCAAAGGAAGAGGAAGUCGGCGUUGAUGCGCUGACUUUUGCACGUCUGAAUGGGGCGAGUCAGCGACGACAGGCGAAGAGGGACAGUGCAAGGGAGAGCGCGAGGACAAUGGCGACGCCAGACAACACUACUACUCUCCCCUCCCCACCUUUCUACACGCACAUUCCCAACAUCAACAACCUGCGCCUAGCCACGCACUCCCUCACCACAAAAUCCGGUGCAACGCUCCGCCCAAACCUCCUCUUCCGCAGCGCUGAAGUGUCGAAAGUCGAUGCCGAGGGGUGGACGGCACUGCGCCAGCUAGGUGUUGGGCAUGUCUUUGAUCUACGGAGUAAACCUGAAGUAGACAAGGGUCAUUCGAACAAUGACAACAACAACGACGCCAUUGCAGACGCAGGAGGAGGUAUGCAAAAAGCAGGCGUGCAGAGGACGUGGGUGCCAGUCUUUGAAGAAAGCGAUUAUAGUCCCGAGCGCCUGGCGGAACGGUAUGCAAAGUACAUGGAUCAAGACGUACGUGGCUUUGUAGAAGCGUAUUCUGAGUUUUUGAAGAGCGGGGGGAAUGCGUAUGGGGUUAUACUGCGGUAUCUAGCAAAUUUAUCCGCCGCUGCUGCUCCAGGACAAGGAGAAGGAGAAGGAGUGGGGGCUUUGAUACACUGCACAGCGGGCAAAGACCGAACGGGAAUGUUUUUUGGUCUCUUGUUCGAUUUCCUGGGUGUGCCGCGCGAUCAGAUUGCGACGGAGUACCAUCUUACGCAACAAGGUCUUGCGGGCGUUCGCGAACAAGUCGUGCGCAGGUUGCUUGCUAGUCCCGCUUUUACAAAGUACAUGACUGCGCAGGCAUCCGGGACGCCCAUCUCCCCGGGCGAUAUCGCAAAAGCAUUGCAUGACGACGCGGCGAGGGGAUCAUCAAGUGGUAGCGAUGGCGAUAAGCAGAUUCCACAGGAGAUUCUGGACAAGGGGAGGGAGGCGGCGUUGAGGAUGGUGAGCGCGAGGAAAGAGAGUAUGCUGGGGGCGCUGGAGAUGUUGGAUAGUCAGUUUGGUGGGGCGGAACGGUAUAUGAGGGAGGUUUGUGGACUUGGUGAUGGAGAGUUGGAAGGGUUGAGGAGGAAUCUUCUGGUGGGAUAUGGACGUGAGGCGUGA